CAAUUCAAUAUUUUCUUGUCAUUUGUAGUCAAUACCAGAAUACAAACGCAGUUAUAAUAAACGGUUUAUGUUUGAGUCAAAAUAACCGCGCUUCAUCAUGUAUCAAGUGUGUACUGUUCGUAAAAACUUUAUUUUUAAGAUAAAGAUUUUGAAGUGUCAAAAAUUUUAAAAUAAUAUUGAAAAAAUGGUAAGCAAAUUACCACAAGAAUUUAGAAGGUAUUUACGUAAUCGAAAUCAAUUACAACAUGUUCUUGAAGAAACUCAACAAGCAUUAGAACUUAUUAACCUAGAAAACUUUUUUCCUGAAGAAAAUGUUGUGGAAGAAUUAUUACCUCCUUUAACAUUGAACAGAAUCACGCAUAUUUUAGCAAAUUCUCCAGCUAUUAUAAUUCUUGGACAAGAUAGCAAGGCAAAGGCAAUAGUAGUUAAUACAUUAAUAUCUAAUGAUAUUUUACCAGUAUGUAAUGGAUUAUGGCGAUGGAUUAGACUUACUUAUGGUCAAACAAAUCACAUUAGUCUCACAUUAGAUCUAGAAUAUGAAUUAGUUGAAAAUUUACAAGCAAAUGAAAAACCUUGGAGUACUCUUCCAAUUGAAGAUUUAACAAAGUCUGAUAAUGAAGAUAUAACUUAUCCAACUGUGCUUGAAGUUCAGCUUAAUCUGCCUAUAUUAAAAGAUGGUGUUCAAAUUUUUAUUGCUCCAAAUAAUGGGGCAGUAAAAGUUCUUGCAAAUGAAUUCUUAUCUAUUUUACCAAUAUUUUUAUAUGCACUUGGUGAACAACCUUUAACAGAACAAAAUUUAGAAGAAUUAAGAGAUUUAAAAGAAACAUAUCCUUUUAAUCCUGUACUUUUUAUCUCAUCCUUGGAAAAUAUAUCAUUGAAUGGUAUUGAUCCUGAAUUGACAGAAUCUGAACAACAUAGACUUCAAAAUCGAUUAUAUACUAAUGAUUCUACAUCAAGUAAAACUAAUGAUGAUAGUAUUGAUUUUGACAGAAUGAAUUCACUUGGAUUAUCAUGGUUAGAUCAACUAACAAAUUUAGGUUUUCUUGGAAUGAAAGAAUCUGUUGAAGUUGAUCAAUUAUCUUGGCUAGGUAGUGGACAAUAUAUAAGUGACUUUGUGGGUUCAUGUAGAAAAACAGAUCAAAUUUUAUAUUUUAUUCGUGGAUGUUUGCAAACUUAUCUUAUUAAUGCUAGCACUUAUUUAAAUGAAGUACAUACAGCAAGCUUAAGAAAAUUCAUUUUAAGUGCUUUUGAUAUGGCACGUAUAAUUCAAAUAACUCCUAAAAGAAUACAAUAUGCUCAACAUAAAGAAAAUGAAUUGUAUGCCAAUCUAAUGAAAAUUGUUCAUGAAAAACAACAAGAAAUAACUGGAUUAAUACAAAACAUUAUUCAAGAAAUGAAAAAUGAUGUUUUAUUAUCUAAUAAUGAUGUUUAUUUGUAUCAAAACACCAUGUCUAAUAAUAAUCAAAGGACAGAGUGGUCUGCAACUGUUAAAGCUGCAAUUUCUGAAGUUCAGAGAGUAGUGCUUGGUCGUCUAUGCGAAAAAGUCGCAAAACAACUUGUAAAUUCCGUGAAUUGUUUGCGUGAGAGUUUUAUUGGUACAUUACAGCGUUGUUUAUUAAGUCUUGAAAAAACAUAUGAACGCGAUACUUGUUUAUUAGCAAGUGAUGCUUUGAAACAAAUACUCUCAGCUGCAUAUAAUGUUGAAUUACAUAAUUCUUCACCAUUUUCAAUAUAUUCAUUUUUAGAAAGAUUAAAUUUAAUUUUUAUGUCUUCAUCCUUGCAAUGGUCAUCAACUCACACCUUAGAUGUAGCUUGGAGAAGAAAAGUGACAAUAGAAAUAUUAAAUUCUUUAUCUGCAACAAAACUAUCCAAAAUAAUAUUGAUGCAAUUUGGAGAUAAACUUGAAUCAUCACAUGAUUCAUUUCAAGCAGCUCUCAGAUCUAUAGAAAAUUAUUAUUCUGGAAAAUUAGAAAGAACAGAAGAACAAAGAAUAGCUCUUAGAAAAUAUCAUGCUCCUAGAUUAGCUAAAUUAGCAUUAGAAUCAACUUCAAUGAUAGAUGUUGUUCGUUAUGGAAAACCUCAUUGUGCUGAAGAAAUUGGCCGUGGCCAAUAUGGAAUUGUAUUUGCUUGUGAUGGUUGGGGUGGUAAAGCUGGUCCUUGUGCAAUUAAAUCAGUUGUUCCAUCAGAUGAAAGCCAUUGGAAUGAUCUGGCUAUGGAAUUUUAUUAUAAUAGAUCUAUUCCUGAUCAUAAAAGAAUAGUAAAACUUAGAGGAUCAAUUAUUGAUCAUUCUUAUGGUGGAGGAUUUGGAUUUGGAUCUGCUGUUCUUUUGAUAUCAGAUCGUUUAAGUCGUGAUCUAUAUUGCGGAAUACGUGCUGGCUUGUCGUGGUUAGAACGUAUACAAAUAGCAUUAGAUGUGUUAGAAGGAAUACGUUAUCUUCAUUCUCAAGGACUUGUACAUCGAGAUGUUAAGUUGAAAAACGUCCUUCUUGAUAUUGAAAAUAGAGCGAAAUUAACUGAUUUUGGAUUUUGCAUCACAGAAGUUAUGAUGUUAGGAAGCAUUGUGGGAACACCUGUCCAUAUGGCACCAGAAUUACUUUCUGGUCAUUAUGAUAGUAGUGUUGAUGUAUAUGCAUUUGGGAUUUUAUUUUGGUAUUUAUGCGCAGGACAUGUAAGAUUACCAUACACUUUUGAACAAUUCCAUAAUAAAGAACUAUUAUGGACCAGUGUGAAAAAAGGUAUACGUCCAGAAAGAUUACCUUCUUUUGAUGAUGAAUGUUGGAGAUUAAUGGAACAAUGUUGGUCUGGAGAACCAUCUAAACGUCCUUUACUUGGAGCUAUUGUACCAGUAUUAGAAUCUAUUCAACAAAAAGCAAAAAGAAGCAAAUCCUUACAAGAAGUCUCCUCAGAUAAAUUACAAGAAAAUUCAACAACAGAUUCAAGAAAUCCUGCAUUAGCACUAGCAGAACCUUAUAAUCAAAGAGGUACUGUAGUCAGUCCUCCUCCUACAAAACGUAGGACAAUGAAAGUUGUGAAAUACCAUCUUUUUCUUACUAAUUUAUACAUUCAAAUGCGGGAAUUAUAAAGCAUUUAUUUUCUAUAUAUUCUUUGUAUUUGUCAUAUGUCUAAUGAUUCAACUUUAUGUAAUCUCAAUUCUAAACGUAUUUUCAAAAAAAUUUAUAAUAUUUUACUGCAUAUAUUUGACGCUUUUUAAAUAGUAUUUUAAAUGAGUAUCAGUAUUAAUUUGACAACUUUCUUAUUACUCUUAUACUCUCAAUAAUUUUUUAAUCUCAUAUUCAUCUUAAUUGAACUAUUAAUAAUAAAGUAAUUAAAUUAUGUAAAUAUGAGAC